AUGAAUAGUAGUACCAAAAUAACAUUGACUAUUGAAUAAUUAACAGAGCUAUUGAUGAAUCCUUAAUUACCAAAUAUUUAAAGUAGUCUAUAAUCAUUGUCAGAUUUUGAAUUGAGAAAUAAUAAUGUAGAUUUAAUGAAAAUAGUAUCAUUUGUUGAUUAGGAUGAGUUCCAAGCUAUUAGUACAUCUAGUUCAAGUAAAAAUAGUCAUGCUUAAUAAAUGAUUGAGAAAAUAAAUGAAUUGGAAUUAGAAAAUUCUAAUCUCAAAAAUUAAUUAGAGAAGCAAAUUCAGAAAGAAAAUAAUUUAAGAUAAUAAAUGAACCAAUACUUAUAAGAAUCAGCUAAAUUAAAAACAGAGAAUGAACGUUUAAAUAAACAGAUGGAUGAACUAGAGUCAUUUAUAAAUUAGAAUAAAGUCAUAUCAAAUAGAUUAGAUCCUAUCUCAAAAUCUGUUCAUUUGGAUAUGAAAAAAGCCCUUAUAGUAAAACCAUUAACAAUAACUUAACCUCUAAGAAAAUUUUCAGGAACUAGUGGAAUAGUAACUUAGCAUCCUUUAAAAAAUUCCAAAGACUUAAUUAGAGUAAAAACUGAAAGAAGUAAUUAAUGAG